UUACUACUGUUCUGGAGUACCCUCAGCCUGGCCUAGACAUCAUACAGGUAGGCCUACAGCACUGAGUAUUACUACUGUUCUGGAGUACCCUCAGCCUGGCCUAGACAUCAUACAGGUAGGCCUACAGUACUGAGUAUUACUACUGUUCUGGAGUACCCUCAGUCUGGCCUAGACAUCAUACAGGUAGGCCUACAGUACUGAGUAUUACUACUGUUCUGGAGUACCCUCAGCCUGGCCUAGACAUCAUAGAGGUAGGCCUACAGCACUGAGUAUUAUUACUGUUCUGGAGUACCCUCAGCCUGGCCUAGACAUCAUACAGGUAGGCCUAGAGCACUGAGUAUUACUACUGUUCUGGAGUACCCUCAGCCUGGCCUAGACAUCAUACAGGUAGGCCAACAGUACUGAGUUUUACUACUGUAUUGGGGUAGCCUCAGCCUGGCCUAGACAUCAUACAGGUAGGCCUACAGUACUGAGUAUUACUACUGUUCUGGAGUACCCUCAGCCUGACCUAGACAUCAUACAGGUAGGCCUACAGUACUGAGUAUUAUUACUGUUCUGGAGUACCCUCAGCCUGGCCUAGACAUCAUACAGGUAGGCCUAGAUCACUGAGUAUUACUACUGUUCUGGACUACCCUCAGCCUGGCCUAGACAUCAUACAGGUAGGCCUACAGCACUGAGUAUUAUUACUGUUCUGGAGUACCCUCAGCCUGGCCUAGACAUCAUACAGGUAGGCCUAGAGCACUGAGUAUUACUACUGUUCUGGAGUACCCUCAGCCUGGUCUAGACAUCAUACAGGUAGGCCAACAGUACUGAGUUUUACUACUGUAUUGGGGUAGCCUCAGCCUGGCCUAGACAUCAUACAGGUAGGCCUACAGUACUGAGUAUUACUACUGUUCUGGAGUACCCUCAGCCUGACCUAGACAUCAUACAGGUAGGCCUACAGUACUGAGUAUUAUUACUGUUCUGGAGUACCCUCAGCCUGGCCUAGACAUCAUACAGGUAGGCCUAGAUCACUGAGUAUUACUACUGUUCUGGACUACCCUCAGCCUGGCCUAGACAUCAUACAGGUAGGCCUAGAUCACUGAGUAUUACUACUGUUCUGGACUACCCUCAGCCUGGCCUAGACAUCAUACAGGUAGGCCUACAGUACUGAGUAUUACUACUGUUCUGGAGUACCCUCAGCCUGGCCUAGACAUCAUACAGGUAGGCCUACAGCACUGAGUAUUAUUACUGUUCUGGAGUACCCUCAGCCUGGCCUAGACAUCAUACAGGUAGGCCUAGAGUACUGAGUAUUACUACUGUUCUGGAGUACCCUCAGCCUGGCCUAGACAUCAUACAGGUAGGCCUACAGCACUGAGUAUUAUUACUGUUCUGGAGUACCCUCAGCCUGGCCUAGACAUCAUACAGCAGUGAAAAAGAAUACCCACAGACAAGGCACGGGUGGUGGGUCACCAAAGGCUGACCUUACCCCAGCAGAGGACAUGGCCUUGGAGCUAAAUAAAGGCAGGCCCGUCUUAGAGGGGAUCCCUGGGGGGAAAGAGACGAGCAUAGGUUCCUCCCAAGAUGCCACCCGCUUCAUUCAAGUGUCUGGCAGCACUGUGUUCCUGUUAGAGCCACCAGCACAAGCACCAGACGAUGCUGAUCCAGGUGAAGGCCCCAGUGCAACAGCACAUGAUGGAGACGAUGAUGAGGAGGAGACCAUCUCUCUGGAUUCCAGAAGGCAUGAGGACCCAGAUGCUAUACAGUGGGAAAACCAGCCUGGCAACAUAAGCUCACAAGCUAUCAGAAAGUUGUAUGGCAACCACCUCCGGCGCCAAAUAGAACUGGCAGACAUAGACAUUCAGUACAAGAAGAAAAAGAUGGAAAAUCUUGCACUGGAGUCCGAAAUAAAAAAGAGGACAAUUAGGAAACUGGACCUUGAAAUAAAAAAACUUGAGAGGGAGGUGAGAUAUGCCUUCAAUGUACACUGUAUGCUAAAUGUAACACAAAUGUAUUAAUCAUUAUUUUUCUUUCCUCCCCCAGCUCCAAGAAGAUGACACAGCUCAAAAUAAAAAUUAGGUAUAUUCUCGUAAAGUCAAGUGAGCCAUGACAUAUGAGCUCUUAUUGUGAGCACACAGGACGGUGGCAUCUUUCUAAGUUUUUUUUUAUUUUCCCAGCAAUCAGUACAACCAAGUCAUCGUUAUAAGGCAUCGCCCUCUUUUGCCCACCCCCCCAGCACCAGGUGUGGCCACUAGCCUAUAUGAAGGCCCAAAAUUGUGUGUUCCUUUCUGCUCUGACAAUGGCAUGCCCAUUCGUGCGAGAUGUGGUGGAUGAAGAAGCACUUGUGCUGAGGAGAGCCUUCAGGCGAGAAAGGGUCUUCAGGGACCGGUUGGACCCACUGGCCUUCCCUGAUGACCAUCUAUAUGAAAGAUACAGGUUUUCUGCAGAUGGCAUCAGGUAUCUAUGCAGACUACUGGGUCCCAGGAUUAAGCACCGCACUGCACGGAGCCAUGCACUGAGUGUGGAGCAAAUGGUUUGUGUGGCCUUGCGCUUUUUUGCUAGUGGAGCCUUCCUGUACUCAGUGGGGGAUGCAGAACAGCUGAACAAGGCCACAAUUUGCCGCACAAUAAGGAGUGUGUGUCUGGCUAUCAAAGCAUUAGCAGAUGUCUUCAUCUCCUUCCCUGGCCACAGAAGACUCUGUGACAUCAAAGAGGAG